UUUCACCACUUGAACUUGGGAUCCACCGCUGCCCUCAGCUCCCAGUCGGAGGCAAGGGCAGACGAGUGCCGGAGGCGCGAGAGGGCCGCAGUCUGUGUGCUGAGCAUGAACUUAGAGGGCAGUGGAGGCCGAGGCGGAGAGUUCGGCAUGAGCUCUGUGAGCUGUGGCAAUGGGAAACUCCGCCAGUGGCUGAUCGACCAGAUCGACAGUGGCAAGUACCCAGGGCUGGUGUGGGAGAACGAGGAGAAGAGCAUCUUUCGCAUCCCCUGGAAGCACGCGGGCAAGCAGGACUACAACCGUGAGGAGGACGCCGCCCUCUUCAAGGCUUGGGCACUAUUUAAAGGAAAGUUCCGAGAAGGCAUUGAUAAGCCAGACCCUCCUACCUGGAAGACGCGUUUACGAUGUGCUUUGAACAAAAGCAAUGACUUUGAAGAACUGGUUGAGAGGAGCCAGCUGGACAUCUCAGACCCCUACAAAGUAUACAGGAUUGUUCCUGAGGGAGCCAAAAAAGGAGCAAAGCAGAUCACCCUGGAGGACUCACAGAUGACCAUGAGCCACCCCUACACCAUGACAACUCCCUAUACCUCACUCCCCGCUCAGCAGGUUCAUAACUACAUGAUGCCAUCCCACGACCGAAGCUGGAGGGAGUACGUCCCUGAUCAGCCACACCCCGAAAUCCCAUAUCAAUGUCCUGUGACAUUUGGACCCCGAAGCCACCAUUGGCAAGGCCCGGCUUGUGAAAAUGGUUGCCAGGUGACAGGAACCUUUUAUGCUUGUGCCCCAUCUGAGUCCCAGGCCCCUGGAAUCCCCAUAGAGCCAAGCAUAAGGUCUGCCGAAGCUUUGGCACUUUCAGACUGCCGGCUCCAUAUAUGCUUAUACUACCGGGAAAUCCUGGUGAAAGAGUUGACCACGGCCAGCCCUGAAGGUUGUCGGAUCUCCCAUGGGCACACUUAUGAUGCCAGUAACCUGGACCAGGUCCUCUUCCCCUAUCCAGAGGACAAUGGCCAGAGGAAAAACAUUGAGAAACUGCUGAGCCACCUAGAAAGGGGCGUGGUCCUCUGGAUGGCUCCUGAUGGACUUUAUGCCAAAAGACUGUGCCAGAGCAGGAUCUACUGGGAUGGGCCCUUGGCACUGUGCAACGACCGGCCCAACAAACUAGAGAGAGACCAGACCUGCAAGCUCUUUGACACACAGCAGUUUUUAUCAGAGCUGCAAGCAUUUGCUCACCAUGGCCGUUCCCUGCCAAGAUUCCAGGUAACUCUCUGCUUUGGGGAAGAAUUUCCAGAUCCUCAGAGGCAAAGGAAGCUCAUCACUGCUCACGUCGAACCUCUACUAGCCAGACAACUAUAUUAUUUUGCUCAACAAAACAGUGGACAUUUCCUAAGGGGCUAUGAUUUACCUGAACACAUUAGCAGUCCAGAGGAUUACCACAGAUCUAUUCGCCACUCCUCCAUCCAAGAAUGAAAAACAUCAAGAUGAGUGAUUUUGUUUCAUUGUAAAUAUCUGACUUUGACAAGAACAGCUGAUUGAAUCCCUUCUUUUUCUUUUGAGGAACUUGGGAAUGGAGCUUCAGUUCAGCACUUGAGAAUCUCAGCAAGAAUAUGGGUAGAAAAUCAGCUCCAUCUAAUUGACAGAUGAGCUUAUUUCAAAAGGAAAGAUGGUCUUCAGAGUUUUCUGUAGACUGCCAUGAUAACUGUGAAAAUUAACCAAAGGAUGUGUUUACAUUUACUGAAAUGCUAUCUUUAAUUUGAUGUGGGUUAUUUCUUGCUUAAAGACUGAGAAAACUCAUGGUUCAGUAUUGACCACUAACUAGAUUGGUAAAAGCACUUAAGUGUUGUAUUAUUUCUCAGGGAAGUAAAAAUCUAAAUUUGAGGCUACUCUGCCCACAAAGAAAUGGAUUAACACAUGUAGGAGAUGUUGUUGUUAUAGAAAAUGCUUGCUUAUAGAAGACAACGGAAUUUUGACUGAGGUUGUGCCAUGAUGCCUACAGCUUUGGAGUGGCUCAUCUCCCCACCUGGCCUGGGUCUCACCUCAGGGUAGGCUCCUAAACCCUGUCUUUCCCUGCCCCUGUUUGCUUUCUCUCUGUGGGUAUCCCUGGAGCCAGUUUGUAAACUCUGUUGCUAUUUACUUGAGCCAAAAAGCAUUAGGGAUACCCUUGGGUAGUACCUUCUUUUUCAAUUGAUGUAAAAUUGAUACAUAACAUUAUAUAAGUUUCAGGUAUACAACAUUGUAAUUCAACAUCAUAUGCACUACAAAGUGACCACCCUCAAAAGUCUAGUUACCAUCUUUCAUAACACAAUAGAAUCUUUUCACCCAUUUCAUGCCCUCCCCAACCCCCUUCUUCUCUGAUAACCACCAAUCUGUUCUAUCUAUCUAUGAAUUUGUUUUUGUUUUGUUUGUUUGUUUUUGUUUUUAGAUUCCACAUAUGGGUGAAAUC